AUGUCCCAGCGCGUUAUUCCCUCGGGAAGCUCUAGCCAGAGCCAUGCUCCCCCCGAACCGCAGCACGAGCCCUCUGCAACCGAUAAUGACCAAGGUCUCAAGCGAACACAUACCUUCUGGAGCUUGAUGGCAUAUCAAACCACGAUCCUUUGCUCUUGGAGCUGCAACAUUGUUCUAUAUUACUACGUUUUUACCCUCGGCGGACCAGCAUCAUUCCUGUGGGGCACCGCUGCGGUUGCUAUUGGACAGCUUCUUGUCAUGACUUCAUUAGCGGAAUAUUGUGCUCUGUGGCCCAGUGCUGGAGGACAGCAAUUUUACACGCAGAUGGUCGCCCCCGAGAAAUAUCGCUUCUUUUUGUCCUAUGCCGUCGGUUGGUGUAUUGUGGUAGGUGAAGUAUCGGUGGCCGCAGGAUGUGCUUUGAACAGCGCCGAAAUUGUAUCCACAUUUGUCCAAAUUACGCAUCCCGAAGUAACCUGGAAGCCAUACAUGACAUUCCUACUGUAUUGCGGAUUCCUAAUUUUGCCCUUCACCACUGGGGUUUUUGCCGGGUCAAAGUAUCAACCGGUACUCCAGAAGGUUGGCGCCGCGUUCAAUCUUGGGUCUUUUCUUAUCUGGGCCAUUGUUUUCUUGGUCAUGGCCCCCAAGACCACUGCAAAAUUUGUCUUCACCAAAUUCAUCAAUACAACUGGCUGGAGUAAUGAUCCCUGGGUCUUUGUCCUGAGCUUCUAUACGCCUCUGUACGGGCUAUACGGUACAGAUGCUGUGAUGCAUUUGGCUGAAGAAAUGAAAAACCCUUCCCGAGACGGCCCACGUGUCAUGAUCUGGUCGAUGGUUUGGGCUGGAGUUUCGGCUUGGGUCUCUGCUGUGAUCAUGUGCUUUACUGUCGGUCCUGACUGGAAGCCACGCCUUGAAUAUCUGUCGAGUUACCUAUCCUGGUUCAUGGAUGUGACAGGGUCCGUUUAUGGAGGUGGAGUAUUUUGCGCAAUUAUCAUGAUGGGACUGAACUACUUGAUCAUUGUGAACCAGUCCACGGCAAGUGCCCGGAUUAUUUGGAAAAUGGCCAAAGAGCAUGCAUUUCCUGGCUCUAAGUAUCUCGCUCCUAUUGACCCGCGAUUUAACAUCCCCAUCCGCGCCUUGAUUGCUUUCUUCGUCAUCAACGUGUUUAUUGGACUUCUUGAGAUCGGAUCCGAUCUCGCGUUCUAUGCUAUUCUCUCUGGCGGUGGUGUCGCACUUCAGGUGUCAUACUUGAUUCCAAUCGCGUGCGUUAUGUUCAGGGGGCGCGACAGACUGCUCCCUCCAGGAAGAAAAACAUUAAAUCUUGGAAACUUUUGGGGAUAUACGAUCAAUGCGGCAAGUUUAUUAUGGAGUACACUUGUCGUGAUCCUAUAUGUCUUCCCCCAGUAUCUGCCUGUGGUGAACGACCUUGCGAACAUGAACUGGGCCAUUGCCAUUUUGGGAGCGGUGUUCAUUUUCGCCGCUAUUUCUUGGGUCACUACCGCCCAAAAGCAUUAUAUGCGAUCAAAAGCCCCUUUAAUCAUCGACAGCCAGGUUCCGGGCACAGUGGAUAGUUCUCCUGAAGCAGGAUAUGUUAAGGCUUGGUCGGCAGUGACAGAGGGAAAGUGA